AUGCUGGUUGCGGAUGAAUGGAACGACUUCAUCAAAGAACGUUACCCGGAAUGUGGGCCAGGCACUGAGCUGGACGUGCUUACAACGACCAGUGGCUACGAAGAAAAUCACCGCGAACUACGAAUUGAUCUCGGACCAGCCCUCGAGGUGCCCAACCAAAGCUAG